AUGGGUUCUUUAGAUCACGGAAUUCCAUGGCAGGAGAGAGUAGCUACGAAGCGGCAAGCCCGCGCGGAUAAAAUCCCAGCAGCAUGGAGAAUUCCGGACAACUACCUGGACAAGUUCCAGACUCCCUUGUCGGAGAAGAAAAACAAUCUUAUCGCAGCGCAAGCGGUUCGAAAAUCAGGAAUAUUGACUGAAAAGGAACUGCGGAUUACAGAAGAUUACACCAUUGCUGAACUUCUGUCUGCAUUAUCAAGCGGUACUUUGACCUCAGUUGAGGUGACGCUUGCUUAUUCCAAGCGUGCGGCUGUCGCUCAACAGUUGGUGAACUGUCUCACAGAGACCAUGUUUGAAGAAGCCAAGGAGCGAGCUCACCAGUUAGAUGCUCUUCGAGAGCAAGGUCGAUUGGCCGGGCCCCUCCAUGGCCUUCCAGUCAGCAUCAAGGAUAAUUUCCACAAGAAGGGGACUGAAGCGACAAUUGGAAUGGUAUCUUUCCUCGGUGAAGUUUCAAAGGAGAACUCCCCGUUGGUUGAGAUCCUCCUCAAGCUCGGAGCAGUCAUUUACGUCAAAACAAAUGUGCCCCAGACAAUGAUGACUUCUGACUCGGAUAACAAUGUCUUUGGAAGGACCUUGAACCCCUGGAAUACCUCAUUGGGGCCAGGCGGUUCCAGUGGAGGCGAGGGUGCUUUAAUCGCUCUCCGAGGGUCACCACUCGGCGUGGGAACUGAUAUUGGCGGCUCGGUCCGAAUUCCGGCUUUAUGCUGCGGUACAUAUGGCUUCCGGCCCAGCGCCGCAAGAAUACCAAAUGGAGGAAUGCGGGCGUGCACAACAAGUGGGAUGAAGUUUAUUUUAUCUUGUGCAGGUCCACUUUCCUUGGACCUUGAUGGCAUUGAGACAUUCUUCAAGACCAUUUUCGAUGCUCAGCCAGCCCAUUACGACUCCACUAUUCUUGACAUUCCUUGGCGGCAAGUAUCCGCAAAGCCAAUCUUGAGAAUCGGCAUCGUUCCCGAGAGCCCUUCAUUCCCCUUGCACCCACCUGUCAGGAGAACUUUAGCCGAGGCGGCCCGCUUGCUAGAGGCACAAGGUCACACGCUAAUCCCUCUUGACAUUGAAGAAUGUCAAAUCUUGCGGGCAAAUGAGAUAGCCUGGAACAUCUUCAGUCUCGACCAAGGUGCCAUGGGCCACAUUCAGUCAUCUGGAGAACCCCCUGUCCCAUCUCUAGUCUACAUUGGCAAGAUAAUUGAAAAACUGAAGGCCUCGACCAAGUUCACUCUGCCGGACUUGAGUGAGCUUGACCGAAUGGGGAAGCUAGCUUAUCUCAAUACCUGUCGGGCGGAGCUGCGCGAGACAUACCGGAAAAUGUGGGUGCGACAUGAGCUGGAUAUUUGCAUCGCACCUCCAGCUCAAAAUACAGCAGUGGCGCAUGACAUGUUCGCAAUUGCGCCAUAUACUACUUUUUUGAACUGCCUUGAUUAUCCAUCCUGCGUCAUUCCAUUCGGAAAAGUCGGUGGAUCAGAUGCUCACAAAGUUUUUGAGCUGAAGGAGGAUCAGACUGCACCACCAUACAACUUUGAGCAACUGGAAGGUGCACCGUGCUCCAUUCAAGUGUUUACGACCACUCUACGGGAUGAAGAAUGCUUGCAAAUGAGCAAGCAAAUUGACCAAUGCCUGAAAAGCAAAGUCUAG